AUGCAAAACGUGCUUCUCCACGACGCUCAAUUCAUCCUUGAAGCUGUGGAUUUUCCAGUUUCAGCCUGGUUUUCAGUUCAUGUCCGAAUUCUCGACUUCCAAUGGGUUCCCGUUGGAAACCACACUUCUAAAGGCAACUUUUCAAGAGAAAUUCUGAGAAAAAUGGCGAUUUUUUAAAGAUUUACCCGUCGGAAUUCAAUUCCCGCUGCUUUUGGACACGGUGAUUUGGUCUGCGGAGAAAAAAUUCGACGUUAGAAUCGCGACGGAGAAGGAAAAGUUCGAAGGAAGACUUUUUCUGGACGAUUAUCAGAAGGCGCGCGGCUGGACUCAACUCUACAGUACCACGGUUAAGGUCCUGAUUUUUUUAACUUCAAAAAAAUAAAAAAAGAAAUUUGAAAUGGAAUUAAUUCACUUUUUAUUUCACUUUACAGUUUCUCAUUUUAAUUUUCCCAAACUGUAUCUUCAUUUUGGAAUUAUCCUCUCUUGCGUUUUUGAAAAGUCGGUCGGUUUUUAAUGACUAUUUUCCGAGUUCUUGAGUUUUUUUCAAGGAUUUUGGACUACAUCAGGGUUUUAUAAAGUACAAAUUUCUUCAUAAUAUGAAAAGUUUCAGUCCGAUUUUUCAAAAAUCCGUUGAAUAAAUUUAGAAAAAUUCUCUUUUUUUCUCAAUUUUUUUCUUUGCUCUCAAAGAAUGCUUUCAAAUUAUAUUAAAAAGUAUUUUUUUCGCACAAUAUAUUUGAAUUUCAAGUCAAAUAAAAUAGAAUUGAUCCAAAAUUCAUUCAAAAAAAAAAUCCCAUUUUUGGCCGCCAAAAUUUGAUUUUUUCGGAAAGUUUCAACUAACCCCAUUUGAGAAUUCUGCAUAUUUUGGAAACUUAACUGAAUUUAAACUGAAAAACUUUGAAAAUGUCAAAAAAAUGCCCCCUUUACCAAACUUUCCGGCAUGUCCAUUUUCCUAGGUCCUAGUUUAUAAUAAAACAAUUAUGAUUUGAUUAUUUAGUUAAAAUUUACGAUAUUUAAACUUUCAAACCUUUUUUUGUGUUGAAAACAUUUUUUUCUAUAAAACGUUGUAAAUUAGGUUUGAGUAUAAAGAAAAAAUCAGGAAAAAAAGAAAAAGAUUCCAAAUGUUCUCUGUUUCAAAUCGAAUACUUUCACGCGGCUUUUUCGAAAAAAAUCUCCAAUUGCAUCCAUAUAUGUAGGGACCGCAAGCCAUUUCUUCAGAACGAUUCAAAAAAUAUGUUUUUCACAUUGUUCGAUAGAGGAGACUGUCCAUUUUCAUAAUCCGUUUAGUGUUUGAAAAAAGCUCCACUAAGAAAAAAGUUAUGGCCAAAAAACGAGCGCGCGCGGCGUACAACUGGAGGCAAAAUCUCACGGUUUACCCGCUGCCGCACGCUUUCUUUUUAAAUGUUUUUGCGCGUUUCUGGACCGUUUUUAAAUCGGUUUUCUGUUCUGAGAGGUUGUCCGAACUGAGCCUCAUGUUUUGGUAUGAAUCUUUUGUACAAUCCUCAUAAGAAUUUUUGAUAAAAUAUCAAAAAAACUACCUAGAAAAAAAGGUCAAAGGGAUUUUUUUCAGCUUAUUUUUUUCUUUUUUUCUACUCAGAAAAAAAUUAUUAUCAUUCGAUUUGGAAAAAAAGAAAAAAAAUGAAAAAAAUAAUGUUAUUUCGAAAUAAAACAGGAAAAAAAGUGCCAUUUGACUCCGAAAAAAACGGCUCCUGCGACAUUUAAAAAGGACGCAUCGGUGUGUUUGACGCAAACACUGCUACGGACACUUGCACAAAAUCUUCCGAAAUUUCAAAAAAAAUUGCCAUUUUUUCGAGGUUUUCAAAGCCGUUAUUUUUUUCGCGUCGAUCGAUUUUUUUCAUAAUUUUUUCAUUGAUAGAAUUUUGAACGCUUAAUAACAUAAUCAAAAAUAUAGACGCGAUCCUAUUCUCUCAUGCGUCAACGAGGCAGACGAAAAAAGGAGGUUUUGGUAAAACUCAAAUAUAAUUUAAUUCGCUGUCCCAAUAAUUAUUUUUCAUUUCUGAAUUUUUUUAUUUUUUUGGACACACUGUUAGUUUUUAAAAUCAAAUAAAGAAGUAUACCAUGUCGCUGAAAUUUUUUUCGCAUUUCAGCUUCAAAGUUUGGUGUCACUUUACAAGCUUUUAAUAUUUUUUUCGCGUCGGUAGAUUUUUUUAUUUUCACUCAAAAAAAUAAAGAAAGUGUUAAUGUAUAACAUACUUAAAAUUUAGAAGCGUUCCUCACUUGGUUUUUCUGAAACGCGACGAUUUUGUGAAACUUGUCAGUUUUUUUCGUGUUAAAUCUUACUUUUUCGCUUAUUUUUGAAAAAAACAUAGUUUUUAAAAUAUUCAGUCUUGUAGAGCGUUGUCGAUUACAUAGAUUAACAGAAGCAGUUCAUUUUUAAAGUGGGACUUUAGCUAGUAUAAACGCCUCAAAACCGUUUUUGCAACAAAAAAAUCGUCAUUUUGGUGGCGUGAAGGGGCGGGGCUUUGCGCCCCCUACAUAUAUGCGAGGUUUAAAAAGAUUAAAAAUUAAAAAUCAAAAGAAUAAUUUCUCUGCGUCUUUAUUAGUAGCUUAAGAAAGCCAAAGUGCUCGCUAUAGGGGCAACCUUAGAGAUCCUUGAAGAUUCCCCUCUGGGGACCGCUCUAGUUACCAUAUAGGGGCCACUAAAGCUUUCAAAAGUGGCGCCUACAGAAAGCGCUUUUUGUCCCCUAUAGGGUCCGUUUUCCAGCCUAAUCCCUAUAGGGAUCACUCUGACGUUCAUAAGCAAAAUUGAAAUUUAUAUCUUAUUUGAAAAAGAUUUUUUUAUUGAUUGAACGAAACAGUGAUCUUAACAGGAACAUUUCAUAUAAUUCAUCAUUUUUCCUGUUUCGUAAUUUCAAUUCUUUUUGUGAGGUUCUAGAUAUUCUCUAUUUCCAUCUAACGAUAGGUUGAUGAAUCUAUCGUUAGAUGGAAAUGGAAAAAUAAAAUAACUUUUUUUCAAAAAAAAAAUUUUUUAGAAAAAAAGUUAUUUUUUUUCGAUUAGAUGGAGUGAAUUUGGAUGUCGUGAAAAGUGAUGAUAUAAUAAAAUUUCGAAAAAUCGGCACUUUUUGAAUAUUUGCAUUGAAUUCUCAACGGUUAACUUCAAAAAAUUAUCUUGAAGGAUAUAAAUUUCUAUUAAUUAAAUUUACUCCCGUUUUUUCACGAUGGGCUAUUAUCGUGAAUUUUAAUUCGAAAGCAUCGAGAAACUGUAAAAUCAUUUAUAAAUUGCAGGAAAAUGUCCUGAACGUCCAGUGUACGGUUGUCGUUACGGAAAAGCUUCCCAGAGCUCCUUGUAAGGAUUUUUGCGACCCAAACUCCCGCUGGGCCGCUUUUAAUGCAUCAAAUGACUGAGGUUAGGAGGAUUUUUUAUGGGAAAAAGAAAUAUAUCAAGUGAGUUAAAAAUAUUAAAAAAUAUAAUAAUUCGAAAAACUAAAAUAUUGGCGCAUAGUUGAGUUUCUGACUUUUCUAAAGCCUUUUUUUGAAGACAGUUUCAUGUUUCAAGGAACUGUUAUAACUCGAAACGUAAAUUUUCUUUAUUUUAGAAGCCAAACAAUUUUCAUAGUUAAAAUGAAAAACUGAAAUUUUUGUCAAUUUUCGGCCGGUUUUUAUAUAAUAGCUUAGGUACCGCAGAGUGGUCACUAUAGGGGUAAAAAGAAAAAGCAUUUGAGGGACAAUAUAGCGUUUCCUAGAAGGUAAAACGUAGGUCGUUCCUAUAAAAUAUUAGGUUUUUGAGUCCCUAAAGCUUAAGUAACCCCUAUAGUAGUUUUUUUGAUUUUUCGUUCUUAUUUAAAAGUUCAAAAGACGUGUAGGUAUCACUAGAAUGCUCCCCUAGAGUGGGCACUCACGGUCACCCCUUUAGUGGCCCCUUUUGCAAGCUUUAAUGUCCCUUAUAGAAAAAUUUAAGGUGGUCCUUUUAGGGGGGAACCACAAGAGCUCUAAGGUCGCCCCUUUAGUGACCACUCUGGCGUUCCUGAGCUAAUAAACUGGGAGACUAGAAACUUUUUUUCUUGAAAAAUAUAUUUUAAACUUCAAUUUUUCAAAACUUGAAGCCUUUUUCACAGAGUUUAGUGCUCCCAUAACGUUACUUUGAUGAAAAAAUAAUUCAAUUUCAUUUUUUCUAGACAAACGCCACGGAAACUGUAUCUCGAGCCGUUAAUACCACUGAAACCGUCAUGAAUAUGGAUGAAGUCGAAGAAAUGCUGACCAAUCAUUUCCUUCAAAAACUCCGAUCUCAAACUUCCCAGCCUUCUGGAUCUCAAAAUCAGCAGAACACUGAACCCGUGCCAAGAAUUCCAGUAGAACAAGAAGAUCAAGAAGAUCAAGAAGAAGAAGAAAUCGUGGAAGACCCGGGUCCUUCCAUGGCAAAAGCCUCGGAAAUCGGCUUCAAUGUCGUUCCAAGACUUUCAAAAUUGAGAGAUCUUGACGCCUUGAUUGCCGAGAGAAUGGAAGUCUUGAAGAACCUUGAGAAGAGGAUCAGAAUCGCCAAAAAAAUCGAUGAAGUGAUGAGGAAUCGAAAGACAAGAAGUUCUGCAACGACUUCGACGGCGGAAAGGAGCAGCAGAACCUCGAGUUCUGGAAGUUCUGAAGGAGAAGAAGACGUGGAGGGUUCUUCAAGGUAUUUUCUUGUUUCAGAUUCAAAAAUCAAGCUGAAAUGUCCGUUUUUCGGGACUUCUCUGUGCCUUCCUCGUCUCUCGGCGACCCUCUCAUAUUAACAUGCUAUUUUCACGUUUCUCUGACCUCGCCGGCGAGAGAACAAAAAGACGCAGACAGGCAGAAAGUUUCAAGUCGUGGUGAACGUACUAUACUUCAUUUAAACCGAAGAGAAAAAGUGCGAAAAUGAGAAAUAUCUGAGUUUAUUCUAAAAAAUAGCACUGUAAAAAAGCCAAAAAAUGUAAAUCGGUGAAAACCUGUUAAAGACUCGUCAAGUAGUCACUCCAGAAGUGAAAACUUGAAUUCGGAGCACAUUUCGGGUUUAUUCACUAAAAAAAAAAGUUCAGCCAGAGGUAAAAAAACGAAUUUUUUUCAUGUUAACAAAGUUACGCUAUUUUUCUGUUCCGACGGUUUUAUAAACGUAAUUUUUACUCGAUGUCUUUUAAUGGGCUCUACGUUUUCAAUGAAAAAAUGACUGUUCUGAAUAAUUUUUCGAAUUUUCUGCAUUUUACGUUUUUAAUUUUUGCCUGUGGAAGUUUCAGUAACGGAUUUCAAAUCGGUCUUUUAGUUAGGACUUGGAUUAUUUUUCUAUUUCCAUCUGAACUUUUUUUUUGAUCUUUUUUUGAGUAAAGUCCAAUUUUUUUCAUUUCAUUUAUAGUCUGACCACGGCGACUUGACAGGUUUGUCUGCGUGUCUGCGUUUCUUUGUUCUCUCAUCGGCGAGGUCAGAGAAACAUGAAAAUAGCACGUCAAGAUGAGAGGAUCGCCGAGAGACGAGGAGGACGCAGAGAAGUCCCUUUCAAGCCGCGAUAAAUAGACUAAUUCAAAGUUUUUAUUUUUCUGCCUAUUUAAGAGCAGGCUUGUGCGAGGGCCGGCCCGUCGCCCUCCCGGCCUCCCGACCAUUUCGUAAGCCCGGCCCGGCCCGGCCUUAUUAG